AUGCGAAUAGUUAUUACGAUAGCUACUUUGAGUAUCUCAGAAAAGCCGCGUGUGUUCCCGCUCGUGGAUGAUCAUGGAACCUCCGCUGUCAGCAGCAGCGCUGGCGAUCUGUCGCCGUCCAUCGCCAGCCGCACUGCGACGUCGCUCGCUGUUCGCAGCAGCGUCGCCGCGCGCGGCCCUGGCGGUCGCUCGUCGGUCAGUGGCAUGGUCGCGACUGUGUUUGGCGCCACGGGCUUUCUGGGGAGAUACGUGGUGCAGCAGCUAGUCCCAAGUGACGAUACCCCUUUCCAUUCCCCCUCUCUCUCCCUCACAGCCCGCUCUGGCUCGCAGGUGAUGGUGCCCUAUCGCUGCCUGGAGGGCGAUCACAGGCACCUCAUUCCGUUCCUCUCACAUCCCCUCCAUAUCUCCCAACCUCCCUCUCUCUCCCACCCUCUCGCGCUCUCCCCCUUCACAGCCCGCCCUGGCUCCCAGGUGAUGGUGCCCUAUCGCUGUCUGGAGGGCGAUCACAGGCACCUCUUUCGUUGCCUCUUCUACCCUCCAUAUCUCCCAACCUCCCUCUCUCUCCCACCCUCUCGCGCUCUCCCCCCUCACAGCCCGCUCUGGCUCCCAGCACGCUCUGGCUCGCAGGUGAUGGUGCCCUAUCGCUGUCUGGAGGACGAUCACAGGCACCUCAAGCUGUGUGGCGACCUGGGGCAGGUGGUGCCUGUUCCGUUUGACGUGAGGAGCGAUGAGAGCGUUGCUGCUGCUAUUGCCAAGUCGAAUGUUGUCAUCAACCUCAUCGGCCGUGACUUUGAGACGCGCAACUUCAGCUUUGAGGACAUCAACAUCUCAGCUCCUCAGCGCAUUGCCAGGAUCGCCAGGGAGCAUGGCGGCAUCGCACGCAUGGUGCACCUCUCUUGCCCGGGCGCCGCUGAUUCAUCUGCUCCCAUUCCUCUUCUCACUCCCCUUCCUUCCCGUACAUCAACCCCCUCCCCCCUUCAGAUCGCCAGGGAGCAUGGCGGCAUCGCACGCAUGGUGCACCUGUCCCGCCUGGGCGCUGCUCCCCACAUGUCCAUUCCCCUGCUUACUCUCCAUAUCUCGUGCUCCAUGCCCUCUUGUGCACCCUUCAUCAUCCCCCUCAGAUCGCCAGGGAGCAUGGCGGCAUCGCACGCAUGGUGCACCUCUCCUGCCUGGCCGUUGCCCCCCCACACAUUAAUAGUCCCCCUCGCAUUAAUAGUCCCCCUCGCGUUUCCCCCUUUCCCCCUACCCCUUGUCAUCCACAGAUCGCCAGGGAGCAUGGGGGCAUUGCAAGGAUGGUCCACCUCUACUGUCUGGGCGCUACUCCUUCCCACGCGCGCAUUUCCCAACCUCUACUCUACGCCCCUCACCCCCCUCCCCGCCUCCUCCCUCCUCUCAGAUCGCCAGGGAGCAUGGCGGCAUUGCAAGGAUGGUCCACCUCUACUGUCUGGGCGCUACUCCUUCCCACGCGCGCAUUUCCCCAACCUCUACUCUACGCCCCUCACCCCCCUCCCCGCCUCCUCCCUCCUCUCAGAUCGCCAGGGAGCAUGGCGGCAUUGCAAGGAUGGUCCACCUCUACUGUCUGGGCGCUACUCCUUCCCACGCGCGCAUUUCCCCAACCUCUACUCUACGCCCCUCACCCCCCUCCCCGCCUCCUCCCUCCUCUCAGAUCGCCAGGGAGCAUGGCGGCAUUGCAAGGAUGGUGCACCUCUCCUGCCUGGGCGCUGCUCCCAUCGCUCCACUCACCCUCAACGCCCUUCCCCAACCCCCUCCUUUCCCCAACCCCCUCCUUUCCCCAACCCCUCACCAUGCCAGGUCGCCAGGGAGCAUGGCGGCAUUGCAAGGAUGGUGCACCUCUCCUGCCUGGGCGCGGCUCCUCACGCGCCCUCCAAGCAGCACCAGACCAAGGCGCUGGGGGAGGCAGCAGUGCUGGCGGAGUUCCCACAGGCCACCAUCCUGAGGACGGGCCCUCUGGCCGGCACGGAGGAUCGCCUGCUCAACAGCUGGGCGCUCAUGGCCAAGAAGUUCCCGUUUGUCCCCGUUAUAGCAGGCGGCAAGACACUUAUUCAGCCAGUGUACGUUUUGGACGUGGCAACGGCAGUCAACGCCACCGUCACUGACGACGGCAGCAGCUGUGGGCAGACGUUCGAGCUGGGCGGGCCGGAAGUGCUUCAAAUCAGGGACCUGGUGAACCGUGUCUUGGAAACCAUUCGCCAGCACUCCUCCAUUCUCAGCGUCCCUCUUCCUGUCGCCCGGGCCCUCGCCACGCCACGGGAGUUCCUUCUCCACCGCGUGCCAACGCCCAUCCCCAGCCCCACCAUGUUCACGCUCGAUUACAUCAACUCGCUCUCCUUCCCGCACAUCGUCUCACCCAACGCGCUCACAUUCAAGGACCUUGGGAUCAUCCCCCAUCCCCUCACGGGUCUCACAAUCGACUACCUCUUCGCGUAUCGCAGCGGCGGGCCGCAGUACGGCCAGACUGUCGGGGAGAAGACUUCUCUGAACCACCCCCCCCCCCCCCCCCAAUUUUCCCCUGCCUCUCUCCCCCCCGCCGGAAAAAAAACAAGGCAUCGGCCUGGCAUUGGUGCGUGGGUUCCUGAGGGCGGGAGACAGAGUCGUGGUUGUGGUGCUGGUGGUGGUGUGGUGUGUCCUCAACUUGUUAUCUGCCUUUCCCCUGCCUUCCUCUCCCCUAUUCCUUCCCCUCCCCAUCCUCACCCUUCCUCCUCCCCCAAUCAAGGCAUCGGCCUGGCAUUGGUGCGUGAGUUCCUGAGGGCGGGAGACAGAGUCGUGGUGUGCUCACGAUCAGGGGAGAGGGUGGACGAUGUGGUUGCUCAACUGCAGAAGGAGUUUGGCAAAGAGAACGUGGUGUUCUCGCUGCUCUUCGCCGUUCCGUCACUUACCUCCUUCACUUCCCAUAUCCCACCGCACUCCUUCGCUUCGCAAACCUACUGCGCCCCACCACACCCCUCCCCACUCCAGGGCAUUGCAUGCGAUGUCUCUAAAGGGGACGAUGUGAAGGCUCUGGCUGACUUUGCAGUCAAAUCCCUUGGCUCUGUGGAUGUGUGGAUCAACAACGCAGGCUCCAACGCGUACGAGUACGCACCCCUGGUGGAGGCGGGGGAUGCAGCUAUCGAGGAGAUAGUGCGAACCAACGUGCUGGGCGUCAUGCUGUGCUGCCGCCAGGCCAUGCGGCUGAUGAGGGAUCAACCCGGUGGGGGCCACAUUUUCAACAUGGAUGGUGCUGGGGCUGACGGCAAUGCUACUCCGCGGGAGCAGCCUAGAGGGGGCCACAUAUUCAACAUGGACGGUGCUGGUGCCGAUGGCAACGCCACUCCGCGCUUCGCAGCGUACGGAGCAACCAAGCGCAGCCUCGCGCAGUUCACCAAGUCAUUGCAAGCGGAGCUCAAGAUGCUCAAGCUCCCCAAUGUCGUCGUGCACAACCUCUCGGUAUGCUCCUGCCACUCCCCGUGCCAGCGUUCCUGCCCAGCUGCAGAGUACCACCAAGCACAGUUUCGCUCACUUCACCAAGUGACUCCCGCGGAGCUCAAGAUGCUCAACCUCCCCAACGUGGUCGUGCACAACCUCUCGACGCUCAAGCUCAACCUGUCAGAGCUCAAGAUGCUCAAGCUCCCCAACGACGUGGUGCACAACCUCUCGCUUCCCAUCAGCCCGCCCGGCAUGGUGACCACAGACCUGCUCAUGUCAGGCGCCAACACUCCGCAGGCCAAGUUUUUCAUCAACGCCCUGGCAGAGCCAGCAGAGGAGGUCGCGCAAUUUCUCGUGCCACGAGUGAGAGAGGUGCCUGCUAGCAGAUCCAACACCUCUACCUACAUAAAGUUCCUCACCAAGCCAAAAGCCUUCUCGCAAAUAUUCCAGCGUGCCCUCUUCGGCCAAAGGAAGAAUCGUUACGUGAAAGAAGACUGA